AUAUGCUGUUCGGAGAGAAAAAGAACUUUUGUUAGAAAGGAGAUUUCAGAAAUGAUUUUGGAUCUGCUAUAAGUGUUUUUAGAGUUCUUGGGGACAGUAGCUCUCAUCCUGGAGUAAGUUUCUGCCUUUGACCUGCAUGGAUUAUUUUUUCAGGCUGCGGAAUUUCUCGGCACCUACCUGUAGAGUGGGGGCAUUUGGUUUGGUUACAGAGUAAGAAGGUGGAAGAGUGAGCUGUGUAAGCAGUUGAAACCUUUUUGAGCAGGAUCUAUAAAAGCAUAAUUGAAUGUGUUUCACCCCGUGUGGAUUCCAGGGGCCCGACAGCGCAACAGGUUUGCAGAUUUCUUUUGAAAUUCUUUUUUUCUUCCCUCUGCUUCAGCAAAAGUAAAGAAUCUAUAUAACAGGCUCAUGUUCAGUUCCUUGGCUUUUCAGCCCUUAUUCUGAAGAUUUUGUAAGAUUUUUAAACCUGACCUCGGAAUGCAGUGGGCUUUGUGGGUGAAGUACAUUUAUAUUUACUUAAGAGUGCACAUUUGAAAGUCUUAUUCUGUGUUUGUACCAAGACCCAAGUUCUCAUAUGUGCCUAGAAAUACCACAGAUCUACGCUACUCAGGCUUAUUUGUGCAUUUUUCAGUGUUCUACUCAGAGCCUGUCACUAAUCACCUUCCUGCUCCCCAUAUCUUAUUUUCUACCUCCUCAAGGAAUUUGAAAAUGUGUUAGGAACAGUCCUUUGUUUUUCUUAUGAACCCGGCAAAUUACUGAUGAUAAGAUCUGGAUAUUAAAGUAGUUUUCAAAAGCAUCACAUGGGAAUUCAAAGUGCUUGGCAUUCUCAAACUGAAGAAUAAAAUCUAGAUCGCAAGAGAGAAAAGAAAAUGGAGAUAGAAUAUGAAGCUUAACUGAGAAGCUAACCUUUUCAAAUAUUCUAAUUGUGAAAGCUGAAGAAGGCUGUGAUACUUGGGAUUAUCCUGUAAUAUGUGAAGAUAUAUAAGUUACCACCUAAUUUAUAGGCAACUUUUGGUAGAACACAAAAAGUUAUAAUAUGUUCGUGAAAAAUACGUAAGUACAACGGGCCUCUAACAUUGGCGACACUGGAAUGCAGUUUAAUGUGGAAACUCUUCUGACCACUUGUUGUAGCAUCUUUGGACAUCCCUCAAAGUGUGGCCUGAAGUUUUGUUUUAUUAUUAUUCUUUCUCUUUGCCCAUUAAAAAAAAAAAAAUCUCCUUAUGGUCUUUAGUCAUUUACCACUGACAGAUUUUGUGGCUUAAAAGGGCCAUCUCUUCGUUUUCUGAGCUGGAAUUCUUCACUCUCACCUUGAUGCAUGGCCUUCGCUGUUUACCUUGCCUUGGUUUGUUCAUGAACGUUGGGUUUAGUUCCUGAGCAACUUGAUGCAUAUGGAAGACCAACACCAAGAUAUCUGACAUAAGAAAAAUUCACAAUGUGACAUUCAAUCUCAAGCAAAGUUAGAAAUUCCAAAGAAAAGUGGUGAUAUCUUUACUAAUCAGGGUGAAGAUGGGAGAAAAUGACAUACCUGUAGCAGAAGUGGGCUGAAAACACCCUCUUUGCUGCCAGUCCGGAAUGCCACCUGUUCUUGGGAGUAUACUUUAGAGAAAGGGCUAUAACUACGACUUGGCCUUCUGAAACUGAAGUAAAAAAUUAUUGUUUGCUCCAUCUGUUUGGAUCUGAGAACCUGCAUUUGGUAUUGGCUAGUGGAAGCAGUAUGUAUGGCCAAAGUGCAUUGCUGCAGCUGGUAGCAUGAGUGGUGGCCACCAGCUGCAGCUGGCUGCCCUCUGGCCCUGGCUGCUAAUGGCUACCCUGCAGGCAGGCUUUGGACACACAGGACCGGUACUGGCAGCAGCGGUGGAGUCUGAACGAUCAGUAGAGCAGAAAGCUAUUAUCAGAGUGAUCCCCUUGAAAAUGGACCCGACAGGAAAACUGAAUCUCACUUUGGAAGGUGUGUUUGCUGGUGUUGCUGAAAUAACUCCAGCAGAAGGAAAAUUAAUGCAGUCCCACCCCCUGUACCUGUGCAAUGCCAGUGAUGACGACAAUCUGGAACCUGGAUUCAUCAGCAUCGUCAAACUGGAGAGCCCCCGGCGGGCCCCCCGCCCCUGCCUGUCAUUGGCCAGCAAGGCCCGGAUGGCGGGCGAGCGAGGAGCUAGUGCUGUCCUCUUUGACAUCACUGAGGAUCGAGCUGCUGCUGAACAGCUACAGCAGCCCCUGGGGCUGACUUGGCCAGUGGUGUUGAUAUGGGGGAGUGACGCCGAGAAGCUGAUGGAGUUUGUGUACAAGAACCAAAAGGCCCAUGUGAGGAUUGAACUGAAGGAGCCCCCAGCCUGGCCAGAUUAUGAUGUGUGGAUACUCCUGACAGUGGUGGGCACCAUCUUUGUGGUCAUCUUGGCUUCAGUGCUGCGAAUUCGGUGCCGCCCCCACCACAGGAGGCCGGAUCCCCUUCAGCAGCGAACAGCCUGGGCCAUCAGCCAACUGGCUACCAGGAGGUACCAGGCCAGUUGCAGGAGGGCCCGGGCUGAGUGGCCAGACUCAGGUAGCAGCUGCAGCUCAGCCCCUGUGUGUGCCAUCUGUCUGGAGGAGUUUUCUGAGGGGCAGGAGCUACGGAUCAUUUCCUGCCUCCAUGAGUUCCACCGUACCUGUGUGGACCCCUGGCUCCAUCAGCAUCGAACCUGCCCCCUCUGCAUGUUCAACAUCGUAGAGGGAGAUUCAUUUUCCCAGGCCCUGGGACCCUCUCGAUCUUAUCAGGAACCAGGUCGGAGACUUCACCUCAUUCGUCAGCAUCCGGGCCAUGCCCACUACCACCUUCCUGCUACCUACCUGUUGGGCCCCUCCCGGAAUGCAGUGGCUCGACCCCCACGAUCUGGUCCCUUUCUACCAUCCCAGGAGCCAGACUUGGGCACUCGGCCCCAUCGUCACCCCAGAGGCACACAUCCCCGGGCUCCGGGGGAGCCACAGCACCUGUCGGCGGCCCAGCACCCCUAUGCACAGGGCUGGGCACUGAGCCAAGUCCGAUGUACCCCACAGCACCCUGCUGCUUGCCCAGCAACCCUGCGUCGGACCAGGCCUCAUGACAGCAGUGGGUCUGGAGAAAGCUACUGCACAGAGCGCAGUGGCUAUUUGGCAGACGGGCCAGCCAGCGAUUCCAGCUCAGGGCCCUGUCACGGCUCUUCCAGUGACUCAGUGGUCAACUGCACAGACAUCAGUCUGCAGGGCAUCCAUGGCAGCAGCUCCACCUUCCGCAGCUCCCUGAGCAGUGACUUUGACCCCUUGGUGUACUGCAGCCCUGAAGGGGAUCCCCACGGGGAGGAGAUUCAUCCUAGUGUAACCUCUCGGCCCCGUUCCUUGGACUCGGUGGUGCCCACAGGGAAAACCCAGGUUUCCAGCCAUGUUCACUACCACCACCACCGGCACCACCACUACAAAAAGCGGUUCCACUGGCAUGGCAGGAAGCCUGGCCCAGAAACUGGAGUCCCCCAGUCCAGGCCAGUUGUCCCUGAGACACAGGCACAGCCAGAGCCCCCUUCUCCUGAUCAGCAGGUUACCAGAUCCAACCCAGCAGUCCCUUCAGGGCAGCUCCCCAACACACGGCGACCCAGGACCCUCAUGGAGCCAGCUCCUGGCCCAGCUGAAGCCUCCAGCCCUGACUGCAGUCCUGGCAGUCUUUUCAACUUGCAGAAAUCCAGCCUUCCUGUCCGACACCCACAGAGGAAACGGCGGGGGGGUCCCUCAGCGCCCCCCCCAGCCUCUCGGCCUCAGGACUUGACUGCACACCCAACUUGCCAGAUUCUUCCCCACAUCGGUCCCAGUCUGGCAUACCCUUGGUCCCCAGAGGCCCACCCACUGAUCCUCAGACCUCCAGGCCUGGACAGGAGGCUGCUACCAGAAACCUCAGGCUCCUGUUACUCGAACUCACAGCCAGUGUGGUUGUGUCUGACUCCAUGCCGGCCCCUGGGACCACACCCGCCUGGGGAGGGGCCCUCCGAAUGGAGUUCUGACACCCCAGGAGGCAAGCCGUGUCCUUACCCACACUGCCAGGUGCUGCCAGCCCAGCCUGGUUCGGAGGAGGAGCUCGAGGAGCUGUGUGAACAGGCCGUGUGAGAGGUUCGGGUCUAGCUCCAACCUACAGUGUGCUCUGGAAGAGUCCUGCUCCUGGGAGAAGAAAGGACCUCAGCACACACCCCCUUUUUGGCCAUCCCUCCUGGAACCACUGGAAGAAGAGUGGCAAUGGUGGGUGGUGGGAGGCGUCGUUUCCUGCUCCCAGCUGCAGACCUUGACUGGGGAACACACUUGCAGUGCACCUAGUCUAUCCAGCCAGGCACCCAGCUACUGCCGGUGUAGCUGGAUGGUGACUAGAUCCACUGAAAGCUGAGUUUUCUGAGGGCAGGAAGCUAGGUAUGGGUAGAUGAGUGUUAUAAAGAUGCUGCUCCUUCUCCCAGCCGUACAGGUCUCCCUGGUCCCAGGCCUCAUGUUUGUAUCAGGCAAUGGGUCAGCCGAAUGUGUGACCCCCUACCCCACUCUCCUUUUGUGAGCUCAGCACACCAGCUUUGGCCCCUCCCCAGUCAAGCUGCUGCAUCGGGAGCGACCCUGGUGCUAUCGUUUCCUUCCUUGCUGAUGGACCAGGAG